AUGGAAAGAGAUCCUACCUUAGACUUUGCAUCGGAUCAAUUUGAUGCCUUGAAAGCACUUUACACGAAAGAUUUAAAGCCACCGUGUGAUGAUAUACAACCUUAUGACAAUCUAGCUUCGUAUUGGGCAGCCGUUCAAAGGCAAACAAAUCGCAAGACUGAUCGAGCGAGCGCCAGCAAUCAGCCUCCUAAAACAGCCGCUGCUGCUGCUAAAUCGGCUAGAAAAGGCAUCAAGAUCAACGACAUUGCAACAAAGAGUGCACGUACUGUUAAUAAAGAAAAGAAACUCAAAAAUAAAGCCAAGCCAAAUGUCCUUGAAAGAAUGAAACCGUUAAAUGAAAGGAAAUCGGUACACAUUUGGACUCGUAGCUAUGAUAAACUUCGAGGAAUUUGCCGUGGUUUUGUUGCUGCUUUCGACAAGCACAUGAAUGUCGUCCUAGUAGAUGUAGACGAAGUUUACACGUUGCCACAUUAUUUCAUGCGUUCUGCCGGUGGAAAAAAUUCAAGUAAAGUAUUAGCCGAAACUGCGAGUCAUGACAGUACCGCUGCGGCUGUUUUACACCUACUCGCAAAUGAUCCAUCCAGUGAAAAUUAUUCAAACUUGAAGGGUAUUCAUGCCUGCUCGUUGAAAUCUGCCCUCCAAUAUAAAGUCACUGGAACGGAUCAAUUUCGGCGUAUAAAGAACUUUGAUAUAACAGAAGAUGUUAUCAAAACUGAUCAAUCAUUCAUCAUUGUCAGAAGAUAUUUACACCAGGUUUACCUAAGGGGUGAAAAUAUCGUAAUGGCAUCUUUAGCUAAUGUCGAUUAA